AUGACUCGUUUUCCUCUUCUCCUCGGUAUUCUCAUUGGAAUCGUUGGUGUCGUUUAUUCUCAGGAUGAGUUGAUUAGUGGUGGAUCAAAUCUUGUCAAUUUAUCUGUGCAUUUCCCGCAAUUGCGGUCACCUGUUCGUCAUGGACUUUCCCUCCUUCAACAGGACUUACCAGCCUGUCUACAAUGUGGUGAUUAUCCAUCAAGUUUUAUUUCAAAUGGAGUCAAUACAACAUACAUUAAGAACAUUGUUAACGGUUGCAUAGAAUAUACUAUUGUCUGCUCGAAUGUAAAUGGCGAUUGUCCAACCGGUCCGUCAUACUAUGAUAUUCAAAGAAGAACACCAAUUAAGUUAACAUGGUUCACAAACCUGACGGUAAACUGCAUUGGUAAUAAUGAACUAGAAUAUAAUAAUACAAAAAUACAAGGUAUAGGAUGUUACACAGAGUGUAUAAUUGCCAUUGAGCCAACAUAUAACUCAACAACAACAACAACGACCACUUCUAAACCUACAACUACUGAGGAGCCAACGACUACUGUUGAGCCAACCACCACCGUGAAGCCAACGACGACUGUAGAACCAACCACCACUGCCGAGCCUACAACUACUGUUGAGCCCACCACAACCAUCGAACCCACUACCACCAUCGAGCCAACUACAACAAUCGAGCUCACGACUACAGUUGAACCCACGACUACUGUUGAGCCUCCGACUACUGUACAGCCAACGACGACUAUGGAGCCCACGACUACAAUUGAACCAACCACCACAGUUGAACCUACGACUACCAUCGAACCAACAACAACUGUCGAGCCAACAACCACCGUCGAGCCUACGACUACAGUUGAACCCACGACUACUGUAGAGCCCACGACUACCAUCGAACCCACUACCACCGUCGAGCCAACUACAACUAUCGAGCCCACCACUACAGUUGAACCCACGACUACUAUAGAGCCUACGACUUCCGUCGAACCCACGACUACUAUGGAGCGCACGACCACCGCUGAGCCAACUACAACUAUCGAGCCCACGACUACUGUAGAACCCACCACUACUGUGGAGCCCACAACUACAGUUGAACCCACAACUACUAUGGAGCCCACGACCACCGCCGAGCCUACGACUACUCUAGAGCCUACUACAACUGUGGAGCCCACGACUACUGUAGAACCCACGACUUCUAUGGAGCCAACAACUACAGUUGAGCCAACAACUACUGUAGAACCCACGACCACUCCCGAACCUUCUACCUCCACCGAGCCUUGCGUCACUACGGAGGCACCUACAACCACCCCGAAACCAACUACUCGUGCCAACCGUGGAUGUCAUGUUCCUGGAGCCGAGAAGAAGUAA